CCGCACUCACUCUCGGAUAAUAGACUGGGGUGGAAAUGAUCUACAAUGCGUAGAUUGUAAACUGGUACUGCUGGUCAUUCUGAAAGCGAACGCGGUAGAUAACAGAGUGACGCAUCUUUUUAAAUAAGUGUUGGCUAGGCUACUAAGCGGUUAAUUGAUUAGCCCCGUCAUUGAAACGUUUGUUAAUCAAGAUAAUUUGAAUGAAAACCGGAUGGAGUAGUUUAAAGGAUUAGUUUAAAGGAUUAGUUUAAAGGAAGGUUUUGCGCCCCGCCAUUUCUGAGCUCAAGAGACGCAACUGAUUUUGAGGAGGGAUUGGUUCUUGUAAUGCUGAUAGAAACUUCAGUAAUGCUCCUGUGCAGAGAACAGAAGUUGUCAUGAUAAGAAUUUUAGUAGCAUAUUAAGAGAGUAAAUUCAGUGUUUCAAAUUGGAUUUGUGAAAUAAACCUUUUAAGCAUGCUCUGCCCAAUGCAAUUGUUAAACGUAUCUGGAAGAUGUGCGACAAAGCCAGCAUUUUUUUAGACCAAGCAUCUCAUUAAUAUGUACAAAGGCCAAGCUAAUAAAUGGCUCCAUGGCUAAAUUCAGUCUGAUUUCUAGGUAGUCAAGUGACUCGGCAAUUUGGACUUUUUCCUCCGUGUGAAGAAAUUCCAAUAUGUCCUCUUCAUUUUGAUGAUGUCGCAAGUAGCUUUUAAACUAACUGAGAUACCAAUCUGGGUGUGCCUCGGACAGUCAGUAUAAAGCCUGUCGCUUUGCCAGUGGUUUUAGGUCCUUUUCUCUGUUCCUGAGGCGCAGAGAGCUUGUCCUUCGCAUCUUGAUAUUUUUUCACAGUAAAAUGGCUGAAGGUGGAGGUUUACUGGAUCAGGACCAGUUGAGCUGUUCGAUCUGUCUGGAUCUACUGAAGGAUCCGGUGACUAUUUCCUGUGGUCACAGUUACUGUAUGGGCUGUAUUAAGGGCUGCUGGGAUCAGGAUGAUCAUACUGGUGUCUACAGCUGUCCCAUGUGCAGAGAGACCUUCACCCCAAGGCCUGUUUUAAGAAAAAACACCAUGUUUGCUGAAGUGGUGGAGAAACUGAAGAAGACAGGACUCCAAGCUGCUCCACCUGCUCACUGUUACACUGGACCUGGAGACGUGGCGUGUGAUGUCUGUACUGGGAGAAACGGCAAAGCCAUCAAGUCCUGUCUGGUGUGUCUGGCUUCUUACUGCGAAACUCACCUCAAACUUCACAAUGAGCUUCACCCAGGAAACACACAUAAUGUCAUCAAUGCUACUGGACACCUGCAGGACAACAUUUGCCGUCAGCAUAAAAAACUGUUGGAGGUUUAUUGUCGUACUGAUCGGCAGUGUAUCUGUUAUCUGUGUACAAUGGAUGAACACAGAGGCCAUGAUACAGUCUCAGCUGCAGCAGAAAGGACUGAGAAACAGAAGCAGCUGGGGGCGACACAGAGUAAAUUCCAGCAGAGAAUCCAGGAGAGAGAGAAGGAGCUGCAGGAUCUGAGGCAGGCUGUGCAGUCACUCAAGCGCUCUGCACAGGCAGCAGUGGAGGACAGUGAGAGGAUCUUUACUGAGAUGAUCCGCUCCAUUGAGCGAAGGUGCUCUGAGGUGAAAGAGCUGAUCAGAGAUCAGGAGAAGGCUGAAGUGAGUCGGGCUGAAGGACUCCUGGAGCGACUGGAGCAGGAGAUUGCUGAGCUGAGGAGGAGAGACGCUGAGCUGGAGCAGCUUUCACACACAGAGGAUCACAUCCAUUUCCUCCAGAGCUGUCAGUCUCUCUGUGCCCCUCCUGGACCUGGAGACUUACCCAGCAUCACUGUCAGUCCACACGUCUCUUUUGAGGCUGUGGGGAAAUCUGUCUCUGAACUGAAAGAGCGACUGGAGGACGUCUGCAAGGGGGAACUGGUCAAAAUCUCAGAAUCAGUGAAAGAAGUCCCUUCUGUAGAGCCCAGGACCAGAGAGGAUUUCUUGCAGUAUUCCGGUCAGCUCACACUGGACCCCAACACAGUGUAUGAAAACCUCCUUCUGUCUGAGGGGAACAGAGAGGUGACCCGUGUGAAAGCGAUCCAGUCAUAUCCUGAUCAUCCAGAGAGAUUUGACUACUGGGACCAGGUGCUGUGCAGAGAGGGUCUGUCUGGACGCUGUUACUGGGAGGCUGAGUGGAGUGGAGGUGGGGUUUAUAUAGCAGUGUCAUAUAAAGACAUCAGCAGGAAAGGGAAGGGUGAUGACUGUCGUAUGGGAUAUAAUAACAAGUCCUGGAGAUUGUCCACCUUUUACUCUUUCUGGCACAAUAAUGAGACCACUGAAAUCCCUGUUCGUCCCUCCUCCAGAAUAGGAGUGUACCUGGAUCACAGGGCAGGAACUCUGUCCUUCUACAGCGUCUCUGACACAAUGACCCUCCUGCACAGAGUCCAGACCACAUUCACUCAGCCCCUCUAUCCUGGGUUUGUGAUUUUAAAUUUUGGAUCCUCUGUAAAACUGAGUGAUCUGGGAUGAGUGAGAGAAAAUCAAAGCCAGUGGUGAUAAAGGGAAAUGCAAGAUAUUUUAUAAAACUGAAAUUUAAUUAUAUAAUUCAAAUUCAUGCAAUUAAAUAAAAUGCAAAAAAUCCUGUAUUCUUUCAUAAACCACCAUCCUUCAUGUUCGCAGUGUUAAAGGCAUUCUUGAGUUAUUUGUGUUUUCAUAACCUGAAUUUAUAAGGUAAUGUUAUACUUUUAAAAAGACUAACUUCCUGAGCUUUGCUUUGUUUCAUUUGCUUCAAUGACUAAAGUUUGGGUUUAGAACCUAAAGAUUAAUUUAAUUGAAAAAUGGUUCAUGAGUAGCAUCAAAAUGGCUAUUUUUUAAUUUGCUAGGGACUGUAUUAUGUGUUUGACUCAAUUCAUCUUCAACUGUAUUACUGUUAAACUACUCAAGAAGGAAAUUAGUGUUUCAAUCCGUGACAUGCUCUCAGACGGAUGGCUAUUUUCACAGAUCUGAUCGGUUAUGAUUUAAUAUGAGGACAGGAGCAUUCAUGUGAAUUUCUGAUUGUUUCUGAACAAUGAUGGCGUCAGAGAAUAGGUAAUAUGGAUAUGAAUAGUUAAUAUGAGCUAAUGUUUAACUAAUUUAUGUUCAACUAGUUUUAUAUACAAAGCCCCUCAUAAACCGCAGGUUGAAGAUUCUCCACUAGGGGGGGCUAUUAGUGCAGGUGUGACGCGUCACUGAUACUUUGGGACACUGACACACCCAGGACAGGACUGAACCUGCAACCCAGACUGCUCCUACCGCCUGAGCCAA